AUGGAUGCAAUAGAAGAAGAAAUUGCUAGACAAUUGUGGAAAGAACAAUUUGCGCAGGGUGAGAGGAUUGGGAGAGAAAGAAACGGGGAGGAGAUGGAUAUGCAGGGUGGAGGGAUGGGGAGUGGAAGUGGGAGUGUGGGUAGAGGGAUUGGUGGAUUAAAUUUAGAUGGGUUGGAUGAGAUGGAGAGGGGGAAGGGGAAGGGGAAGGAGAGAGAUGGUGGUUUGAGAGUAGGAGGAGAAGGUAGUGGGGUGGGGUUUGCGGGAUAUGUGAAUGCUGGGUUGGGGAAUGGAAGUGGAAAUGGACAGUUUGGGGGAAGGGAAUCAGGACUUGAGGAGAAUGAAGUGGUGUUGGAGGGGCCGUUGUUGGCAUUGAGAGAAGCUCUACUCGAAGGACGGUUCUCAGACUUGACAAUCUUCCACGGUGUGCGAGUAUGGAAUGCACAUAAAGUAGUUGUGUGUUCGCAAUCCCCAGUUCUGGAGAGUAUGAUUGAUAAUACCGGAGUGUGCAAUAUGUUCGGUUCCCCCACCAAACCCAGCAUGCUCAACCUCUCCUCCUUCCCCCUCGACUCCAUCAUCGCCCUCCUAGAAUACCUCUACACAUCCGCCUAUUCCAUCCCCUCUCCCCCACCCACCAGCUCCCCCAGCUCUUCCACCUACCUCUCCGGCCCCAGCUACUCUCUCCCCCUGCACGAACAAAUCUUCUACCUCGCUUCACACCUGCAAAUCCCUGCAUUAGAAACCCUCGCCGCGGUAUCCUUCCGUCACACGCUGCAUACGCAAAUUUCCGAUCUGGAUAUCUAUUUCGAUUGCAUCAAGCGGAUAUACGGGAAAACGACCGCAAAGAAUCCGGGACUGCGAAACGCGUUGGUGGAAGCGGCGGUGCAGGAAUUAGAGGGGAUGUUGGGGAAUGAAGAGGUGAAGAGGAAGUUGUGGAGGGUGAUGAGUGAGAAUGGAGAGUUUUGGGAAGAGGUGUUGAGAGCGUUGGGGAGGAGGACGGAGAUUAGAGUUAAGGAGGUGGUGAGGGAGGUGAGGGUUCCCGUGGAGGUCGAGGUAGAGAGGAUUAUUGAGAGGGAGGUUGAGGGGAGAGCGAAUGAACAGGAAGAGGAAGAUGGAGAGGGUGGGGAAGAGGAAGAGGGAGAGGGAGAGGGAGAGAAAGAAUGGACUCUAUGUCCGGAUUGUGGACCUAGGGACGAAGGAGAAGAAUAUGAGUUUAGGUGCACUUGUAGAGUGUGUGGGGUUGAGAGGAUAUUGAGCUUCUCUUGA